AAUUGCCUAGCAGGAGGCGGCCAAGCUAGGCUACAGUCUACAGACACACCGCUUUCCGCUUCCGCCGCCCCGCCGUCUCCUCCGACCUCUCGCGCCUCACCCUCCUCUAAACCCCUGGUUGAACCCUAGCCACCGUCUCCGGGAGCAUGCACGCCCGGCUGCUCAGCGCUCCGUCCCGCGCCGCCGCCGCCUCCACCUCCUCCUCCACCCCAUCCGCCGGCUGCCGCCCCUCCUGGAAGCCGCGGCCGCCAAGCCGGAGCUCCGCCUCGCUGCCGCCUCUCUCGCUGUUGCGCGCCGGCGCAUCCAUGGAGCCCGCUUCGACCGAGGGGCAGAGCGACCCGCCUGUGCAUGGCGUGUCCGAUAGGGUCGUCGGGGUGCUGGGGGGCGGCCAGUUGGGGAAGAUGCUGUGCCAGGCGGCCAGUCAGAUGGGGAUCAAAGUGGCCAUCCUGGACCCCCUCAAGGACUGUCCUGCAAACUCCGUCUGUCACGAGCAUGUCGUGGGGAGCUUCAAUGAUGGUGACGCGGUCCGCGAGUUUGCGAAGAGGUGUGAUGUUCUAACUUUUGAAAUUGAGCAUGUCGAUGCUGUGACACUUGAGAAGCUUGAAAAACAGGGUGUUGUUUGUGAACCCAAAGCCUCUACCAUCAUGAUUAUUCAGGACAAGUACAGGCAAAAAGACCAUUUCUCAAAAUUUGGAAUUCCGUUAACUGACUUUGUUGAAGUAGAUACUUUGAGCAGUAUAGAGAAAGCUGGGGAAAUGUUUGGCUACCCUCUAAUGGUAAAAAGCAAAAGAUUGGCAUAUGACGGUCGUGGGAAUGCUGUUGCGCAUGAUAAAAAUGAGCUAUCUUCUGUUGUUUCUUCGCUGGGUGGGUUUGAACAUGGCUUGUAUGUUGAGAGGUGGACAACAUUUGCAAAGGAGCUUUCUGUAAUUGUGGCAAGGAGCAGAGAUGGCUCUACGGUUUGUUAUCCUGUCGUUGAAACCAUUCAUAAGGAUAACAUCUGUCAUGUUGUUGAAGCUCCUGCUGAGAUACCCGAGAAAAUGAAGAAGUUAGCUGCCAGUGUAGCUGAAAAAGCUGUCAAGUCAUUAGAAGGUGCUGGUGUUUUUGCUGUCGAACUAUUUUUAACAAAUGACAAUCAGGUUUUAUUGAACGAAGUAGCCCCUAGGCCUCACAAUAGUGGACACCAUACAAUUGAGGCUUGUUACACUUCACAAUAUGAGCAACACUUACGUGCUAUUCUUGGACUUCCUCUUGGUGAUCCUGCAAUGAAAGCACCCGCAGCAAUAAUGUACAACAUCCUGGGCGAGGAUGAGGGCGAUUCAGGAUUUGUUUUAGCCCAUCAGCUGAUUAAGAGGGCGUUAAAUAUUCCAGGUGCAUCAGUCCAUUGGUAUGCAAAGCCAGAGAUUCGGAAGCAAAGAAAGAUGGGUCAUAUUACUAUUGUGGGGCCUUCUUUGUUCAGUGUAAAAGAACAUUUGAACAAGUUGCUGCAAAGGGACACAGAUGGCCAGAAGAAAGUUAGACCUCGCGCUGCGGUUAUAAUGGGUUCGGAUUCAGAUCUUCCCAUAAUGAAAGAUGCUGCAGCAGUACUGGAGAAAUUCAACAUACCUUUUGAGCUUACAGUUGUUUCGGCACAUCGUACAGCAGAGAGGAUGUACGCUUAUGCAUCGUCUGCUAAGGAAAGGGGCUUAGAGGUCAUUAUUGCAGGCGCAGGCGGAGCAGCUCACUUACCAGGGAUGGUGGCUUCAUUGACCACUCUACCUGUAAUUGGAGUCCCCAUCUGGACGAAGUCAUUACAGGGAAUGGAUUCCCUCCUAUCUAUUGUGCAGAUGCCGAAAGGUAUUCCUGUUGCUACUGUUGCAAUUGGAAAUGCUGAAAAUGCAGGCUUGUUGGCAGUUCGGAUGCUUGCCUCAAGAGAUCCUGAGUUGUCGGACAGCAGGGUAAAUGAAUACCAGCAAGAUCUGGAAGACAGUGUGUUGGUCAAAGCAAGAUUGCUUGAGGAAUUAGGUUCAGACAAAUAUCUGCAGCAAUAUAAGCAGCCUUGAGCACUGACUGCCUGUUCUGUUGACACACAUCCAAUCUUGACAGAAGCAGAAAAAUAGUCCACUGUGGAUGAUAUUCUUAAAGAUCCUUUAGCCUGCCUGGUGUUCAUCCGGCCUUCUUUCUUAUUGUGCUAAUUGUAAUUGCCUGCUAAAUUAUUCCACCCAGCUCAAAAUUUUCUUUCUCUAGUGUGGUCCCGAUGGAUGCGCAACUCGAGUUUUAGAGUGAGAACGGGCUGGAGGAAAUGUUGGAAAUUAAUGUACUUUACACGCUGUGAGAGGGUAUAAAGAACAGAAAAUGUUGCUACAGUAA